AUGGAAGUUUGUACCAGCCAGAAGGGAGAGCGAGUUAUUGUGAAGUUUGAAAGUGAUUCCUUCAAGGUUCCCUCUGUUGAGGAGCAAAGUGACCGAAGCUUUUCCAAGCAGAGUUAUUUAAAGAUUCAUAUGAAAACUCACACUGGUGAGAAGCCAUAUUCUUGUGAAAUAUGUGGGAAAAGUUUUGUUGAAAAUAGUAAUUUGACACGUCACAUGAAAACUCACACUGGUGAGAAGCCAUAUUCUUGUGAAUCAUGUGGCAAAGGUUUCAGUACACGGAGUUAUUUGAAGAGUCACAUGAGAAUUCACACUGGUGAGAAGCCAUAUUCUUGUGAAAUAUGUGGGAAAAGUUUUGUUGAAAAUAGUAAUUUGACACGUCACAUGAGAACUCACACUGGUGAGAAGCCAUAUUCUUGUGAAACAUGUGCCAAAAGCUUUGACUAUCAGUGUUAUUUGAAGAUUCACAUGAGAACUCACACUGGUGAGAAGCCAUAUUCUUGUGAAUCAUGUGGGAAAAGUUUUGUUAAAAAUGGUCAUUUGACACGUCACAUGAGAACUCACACUGGUGAGAAGCCAUAUUCUUGUCAAACAUGUGCCAAAAGCUUUGGCUAUCAGUGCUAUUUGAAAAUUCACAUGAGAACUCACACUGGUGAGAAGCCAUAUUCCUGUGUAUCAUGUGGCAAAGGUUUCCAUAGACAGAGUAAUUUGAAGAUUCACAUGAGAACUCACACUGGUGAGAAGUUAUAUUCUUGUGAAACAUGUGGGAAAAAUUUAGUUGCACUGAGUUCUUUGAAGAGUCACAUGAGAACUCACACUGCUGAGAAGCCGUAUUCUUGUGAAUCAUGUGGCAAAGGUUUCCAUAGACAGAGUAAUUUGAAGAUUCACAUGAGAACUCACACUGGUGAGAAGCCGUAUUCUUGUGAAUCAUGUGGCAAAGGUUUCCGUAAACUGAGUUAUUUGAAGAUUCACAUGAGAACUCACACUGGCGAGAAACAUGUGGGAAAAGUUUAG